AUGAAAUCAAUCAAACACCAGCCUGAGCCCACGGAUGCGUUCCCGUCUCGCUCUUUUCUUGUGUGCUUCCACCUGGUGAUCAUCUUUUUUUCGUUUCUUGCCUGCCUCUGGCCUUGUACUAUUUUCUCUUCUUAUUUCAAUUGUAUUUAAUUGGCAUCCCACCGCUCAUUUUCGACCGACCAAAUCUUGAUUUGUAGUAAACAAAGAAAGCCCGAAUCCACAACGCCUCCCGCUAUUUCCUUCAGUCACACCAUUUCUUUUCUUUUCUUUGUUUCGUUGUUUUCUUCGGCCCGUUGACGUUACCAGAACAACAACGCACUCCGAGACGUCUCUCCUGGGAAUGCCGGUAGCUUGAACCCUAUUUUCUCCCCUUUCAUCCGCCGCCAGCGCAACGACAUAUAGGGGGGUCUCAACGUCCUUGGAUCCUCUUUUGUCUCUUAUCUCUCAAUAACUCUCUCUCUCACAUACAAAUUCGCGAUGGACAAACUAUUAAAUCACGCCUUUGACAACCUGGCGUCAUACGAUGGCGCCAAGGUCAGGAGAGGACUGAGACAAGUCGAAGGUCUUCUCGCACCGAUAUGUCUUGCCCCACCGGUUACCAAAGAUUCAGAUGUUUUCAACACAAACUCGGCAGCAAAUCAGGCGGGCUCUCCAGACCAGCCUGCACCUCGGAGGACACUUGCGGAGCUGGCCGAGGACCCAGCUUUCCGCGCAUUCUUCCGGCUACAGGACAGCUUUGAGUGGAACAUCAUUUCCAGGCUCAUCGACACGCUGAACAACCUGCUUUCCCGGGGUGCCGAGGGCGAGAAUGAUAUGCUCAUUGUCAGCGCGCUGGAACUGAUGCAGGGUCUUCUGCUGUUGCACCCACCCAGCAAGAUCCUCUUUAUGCGGGAUCCCAGCAUGAACCUACUCCUCGACCUCCUGGAGCCCUGCAACUGCCCAGCCAUCCAAAAGGCCGCCGUCCUUGUCCUCGUUACAGCCCUGAUCGACACGCCCCAGAACACUCGCACAUUUGAGCGCCUCGACGGCCUCCUGACCGUCACGUCCCUGUUCAAGUCCCGCGCCACCAGCCGAGAUCUCAAGGUCAAGCUCAUGGAGUUCCUCUACUUUUAUCUCAUGCCCGAAACCGCCUCCAUCCCUCGCGCCGAGCUCCGCGAGCGCCCUUCUGUGCCCGCCCUGCUGCAGCGCAGUCCUAGCAAGUUGGCCAAGGCCUUUAGCGGAGACGGCACUCCCGAGAGGAGGAGCCGCGCCGACAGCGGCAGCGCCGCGAUCCUGUCGACGGAAGAGAAGCAGGCGCUGCUGGCGCGCCACCUUAGCAACGUCGGUGACCUGGUCAGGGACCUGCGGAGCUGCACGCCUUUUGGCGUCAUUUGCUAAAACCCAGAGGGGUUUCAGUGAAAAGAAGAAACAAAUAUGACAGCAGCCCCUGUCAUUAACCACUCGAAUUACUUGCCGGCUUUCCGAGUCGGCUGGGCAACCAGCCUUGCCCAAGACCAUCAUCGACAAUCAUUUGCUAUCCUUACAACAAGCUCUAGACCUUCUCGUCUUUUCUUAUUUUCCUACUGGUAUUACGUCUGCGCAAUCAUCAUUUUCGGGUCGGAGUUGUGAUUUCAAAAACCGGUUUCAUCCUCACUGCUUGGAGUUUUCUUUACCACGGGGAUCAGUUUACAUGUUCUUAUUUUUGCUACGCGUUACGAUCUUGCUCUCCUGGGAUUUUCCGGAACCUUGGGAUUGAGCCUGGUCGUUUUUGACUUUUGUCCUUGUCGUUGGUUUUCACACGCGCUUCAAGUGUUUUCCUUCUCUUGACAAGUUUUGCCUGUCCAACAUUGGGUUGUUUUUAUAGAGCUGGAUAGGCGGGGCACUGAAAUUAAAUCCGCGUUAAUUAGAUAGAAAGACUACGUUUACCACUAGCCAGGGGAUGAUAGAUACCCCCAAUAUCACAUCACAUCUCCUUGAAA